AUGAGGCUACGAUCAUUACUGUUGGAUAAGUGCGGUAAUCGCAGCUUGUAUAGCAGCAGCGAACGGCUAGGGGAACUUCUGAAUACCACGUCACUUUGUCUCCUCCAGUCCACCCUUCGUUUGUCACUCUCGUUGGCACAAAGAUAUCAUUCUCGCCAGCGGGGUAGUACCCACCUCCAACAGAGCCUGUUGGCAGCCCACUUUAACAUCGACCUGGAAAAGCUGCAAAAGAUUGCUGCGCCCUUCCCUCGCCCUUCCGUAUCCAACAAGACACCUGUAUCUCCUCCUGUUGGAGUUAAGGGCAAGGAGAAACAGUCCCAGACCAAGCACGAUGCCAACGACCUGGUCACCCUUGUGCGCGAAAGUGAUGGCUGGGAAGAAUGGGGUCAUGUACAUCUGCUUUAUUAUCCGUCUGGCACUUCGGAUCAGGCGAAGUCGACAUCGGAGACUGUACAUGGUGGGCUACCGACGCAAGCUCCCACCACACCAACACCUCUGCGUAGAAGUCAUACCCACCCCACGCCUCGUUUGAGCCGCACGUCGAUCAUGGAGGAUUCUCCUAGCUCUGCUGUGAAUACACCCUCAGGGAAACUGGAAGAAGCGACAAGGGGUGGAAAGGUUCUUGAUAUCCCUUACUCAAGGAUCUCUUCGUCGACACCUGAUAGUCUUGUUGCAUCGCAUGCGGAAGAGUUACCUGAGGACUCCAAGUAUGAGCUACUCCAUAGAAUUCGGACGGCUCAGGGGCUGGCGACAUCUCCUUCUAGCCGCGAGCAGAUUCUUGCAAUUAGGGUGCUUGCUAUUACCAACUUAGCGUACGUAUAUCCCGAGUCGCUCUUUCAACAGAAGAUCCUUCAGUACGAUAUGGAACAGCCAAAACGUCUGCAGCUGGCUUAUCAGCUGGGCGAGCUGGUUCAUCUAGGCGCAAGUGGUGAUCUUCCCGCUUCCCGAGGUGUGCAGACAUUGGUACUCCAGGCCCUCGACUCUUUGGCUAAGCACAAAGCACGAGCAAUCGACGUCUGUGCUGCGUUAAGCGUUAAUGUCAACCAUGGUGUUCUCAUGUUCCUGACCCGGAAGGCUGUCAAUGAACUAGGCUCAGAAGACAAGGAGACGGAUGAUGGUAGUCAGGAUGAGUGGCGGGAUGCCUUACUUGCUCUUCUGCGAACGCUUCCUGGCUCAAGCACAAGGACCCCCGAGACCUUGGUUUCUGCUGGCUUAAUUCCAAUGUUUGUCGAUGUUUUGAAUCUCCGAACUGAGAAAGCUCGUCGUGUUUAUUCUCGAAUUAUGGAAUUCCUCGAUACCUUUGUCCACGCGGUUCGUGACGCGCUUGGGACUCUUACUACAGCUAAGGGGUUUGAAGCAAUUUCGGAUUUGAUCGAUUUUGAAACCAAAACCUCCUUUGAGAAUGUAUCCCGCGGCGCAGGAAUUCCUUCUCACCACAAGACCCCGUCAAUUGAUUACCAAAUCCCGUAUUUCCAGCAGCAGACUCUCAGGUGGAUGUUCCGGUUUGUCAAUCAUAUUAUGCAGCAUAACGGCGGUGGUUUUGAUCGGGUUCUUCGGAAUUUGAUUGACUCGCCUCAACUGCUGACAUCCCUUCGUUUGGUCUUUGAGAACGCCCGUGUCUUCGGGUCUCAUGUCUGGAGCAAUGCAGUCAAUAUCCUUAGCAGUUUCAUUCACAACGAGCCCACCAGUUAUGCAGUCAUUGCUGAGGCUGGUUUGAGCAAGAGUUUCUUACAAGCUGUCACACACAGUGAGAUAAAGGCGCAAGAGAAGCUACCUGUUGAUACCGAGGGUGCUGAAGUUGAAGGGGAAUCGUCCACUAGACCGUCCGAGGUCGAGACUAGCCAGUCAGGUAGUGAACCACAGAAGACCCGGGAGUAUGAGCUGGCAAGGUCGAAGGAUGCAAAGUUAGCCUUAGGUAUCAUGCCUGCAGCGGAAGCUUUAUCAUGCAUUCCCUCGGCUUUUGGGGCUAUCUGCCUUAACUCAUCUGGACUUGAACUCUUUCAGUCUUCCCAUGCACUGGAAAGCUUUUUCGAGAUCUUCGAAAAUCCCGAGCAUGUGAAAUGCCUGAAAGAUGACCCUAAUCUCGUACGUUCGCUAGGAACAACGUUUGAUGAGUUAGUGCGACAUCAUCCUGCGCUGAAGUCAACAAUCAUGGCUGCCGUCAUUGUGAUGGUCGCGCGUGUUGGCUUUUUGUGCAGGAGUAAGGCUUGGUCGGAUGGUAUGGGAUCUAAGCUGUGGACAGAUAACUCCCAGGGAAAGCCGGUCCUUUCCGGUCCGGCAUAUCACCUGUUUCGAAAGAUUGGUGGCACGAGAGUCGCUGGGGAUCUUGCACCGUCGGAUCUUGGUAUUCGAGAGAUCAAAUCUGGGGCACUGCCAGACGGUGGCACCAUGAAAACCGGCGCUUUAGAUCAUGUUCUGCCCACCUCUAAUACUGAUAUCGAACCUAAGGACGUAGAUCCUACGGGCCUCACUGUUACGGACUACCUUUAUCCCGUAUUACGAUUUUUAGGUGCUUUCUUCGAAAAUCAAUCGAAUUGCACCUACUUUAUCGAAUGUGGCGGCGUGGAAUUCGUUUUGGAUAUUGCGGCUCUGCAGAGUCUCCCAUUCGAUUUCCAUAACACUGACGCUAACCAGGAGCUCACUGUUUUGGUGCACAUGUUGGCGGAAACGAAGCCUCACCUUGUCCUGCCCGGGCUUGUUGAUCGCGCAGAGCAGAUUGUGGAACAACUAUCUGAGUUCUGGCGCCUGUCGGGACCCCGGGAAUCAGGUUUUUUCACCCCUUUGAUCAAGCCACCUCUUGAGAAAGAGUCCAAGGAUCAGGGCGACAAGUCUUGGGAACUCGCAAAAGAUAAUGGGACAUACUUCGCUAAGAAUAUGGUAGCUGCACUUAUCUUGACUGAUCUUCUCCGCGAAGUUUACUCCAUGCCAUUAUAUCAAACCCGGCCCAGCCAGCAGACUUCUGCAUUUGCACAAGUUAAUCUAGCUGAUCGUUAUUGUUCUCUUAUCGGACGACUUGGGGGUUUACAUGCGGCUUGUGUGUGGGAGGAAAUUCUACUAGAGAAGAAUAUACCUGACACUUGGGACCAGGCAACGAAGGUGCAACUAACGGGCGCGGGUUCAGAAAAACCUAAUGAAUCUUCGGGACCCGCGAAUGCAGAAACAAGCUUAGCUGUGCCUGCGCCUCCUCGCGAAGGUUCGACUACGAGUGAGCCUGCUCAACCAGGUGUCGCUCAGGAACCUAGUGGAGAUACUUCCAACGCUCCCGAAAGUAGCGUAGCUUUUAAGAAUGUCCAAGCGCUUCGCUACCUUCUUAGCUCCUUGCCUUCCUCAAUAACAGGUUUUUUCCACAAUCUGGGCCUCGGCCUUAUUGGAAAGCGGCGGAUAGAUCUGUACCAGAAGCAGAAUGCAACUUCGGUGGCUGAGGCCAUUGCCGGCGCUGUGCUCGAGCAACUCCAGUUCGCGCCCCCUAAUACUAGUGCUAAUCACAAGCUCCGAUUUGCUUACCUGAUUGUUAUCCUUUCCUCAUUUUCACAUUUGCUUUUUGAAGCUACUGCAGAUCGCCCGCAUUCUCAUUAUCUCACACUCGUCCUCUUCGCGUUCAAACGCAUCCAUGGUUUGAAAGCCAUGAAAGAUAUCUGCGACGUCUUUGUUCGUGAGGUCAAGACUCUCACACCUCCUGAGUCGGUGCCUGACUCUGAGAAGGAUGUGUCAGCUCGACUCACUUCUGCUUAUGGAGGUAUCAAGAUUAUACUUAGCUUUUUCUCUGAGCUUGCCUCGGGUAAGAACAUUGUCGAGUCUAGCCAAACCCAGGCCAUGACGAGCAGUGACCGGGAGCGUGACCGUGCCGACUACUUCCAACCAGGCCAAUUCCUGGUUGACCUUCGGAUGGAAAUAUUGCCAAUGGCUCGGGACUUGUGGAAUUCUGAUUUUGCUACCCAGUCUUCAAGUUCCGUUAUCAAAUGCUUGGUGGAUAUCUUGCGCUCAUCGCUCGAUGGCGAAUAUGAAACUGGGGCCGCUCAGCGCUCUAAUCUACCACCCGCGUUGGCUGAGGUGUCUAGAAGGAAACUAGUUAUCAACAGGGACCGUGUAGCCGCUUUGCAGGCAAAAGAUUUCGAUUUAGAAGUUGUAAAGGAGGCCCUGUACCGCUGCAACAAUCAGUGGUGA